AUGGACCAGUGUCUGCGGAAUGCAAAUUCUUACUGGCGAAUUCGAGUGAUCAGUCGAAGACAGAAGAAACUCCCUCUUGGUCAGGAUAUGCAGUUGCCGUCGCUCACAGUGAAAGACCAAAUAAUGAGAUGCAUGGGAAGAUACAGGGAGUCUGAAGAGCCACUCCUAAGUUUUCCAGUGAUAUGGAGACCAUGGAUUCCCUGUCAUAGAGAAACUGGAUGUCUAGAAAAAUUUGUCCAAGGGAAUGUGCCAUCAAGAACCAGACAGAUGUCCAAAGGUGCCCAUGGAUUCCAGCACCCUGUCAGGCUCUUCAUGCCCAAGUCCAGGACUGAGGAAUAUGUGUCUCAUUUGGGGAAGAUGGUCUUGGACAGUUUCCCUGUCCAAGCCACUCUCCACUUCUACAACGAUGACUCCAGCUCUGAGGAUGAUGAAGAUAUGGAGGAAGAGCUGGAGGUUCAUUCACACAGUUUGGAUCACAGAUCCCAUCCACUCAGAGAGAAUUUAGAGAGGUAGCUAGUCUUUACUGUUUUGGAAACAAGCAGGUGUGAUUAGACAAGGGAGACGGACAGUGCAGCAGGUCACAGGAGACAUGUUACUUCCAUGGCGAGGGUCUAGUAGGACCCAAUGUGUUCACCUGAGACAGCCACAGAAAGCCGGGAAGGGCCAGGUCACUGGCUGCAUGUGGC